AUGGAGCCCGUACAGCCUCAGUUCCACCUGGAUCUCUGGACUCUGUUCCUGCUCCAGUCCUGGACCCUGGAUCUGGGACGGGCCGUCGUCAUGUGGCUGUUUCCUUUUGGUUGGUUUCCUCUGAAUCGCCCUGGUCCAGCAGAGUUUCUCCACCUGCUCUACUGCUGCAGCUCUCCUCUCGUUCUCUUCAAGUUCCUUGAGCGCUGCCCGAGGACUUUACCUGACUGCCUGGUUCACCUGGGCAUCACCGUGGUCGCCAUGGGAACCACAGCUCACCUGGUGACGGACUCUGUGAUGCUGCGAUUGGUCCAGGCAGGAUACGAGCUGCACCUGUCAGUCCGGGAGAACGAGAUUAUGAAAAACCUCACAACGUUACAGCUGGUCGAUGUGUUUGAGCUCCUGGGUUACUAUGACGACACAGUGGGCCAUGUGAUGUGGUCUGUCCCAUACUUCCUGGUGCUGUUCCUUUACUUUGGAGGAUGUUUUUGUCACAAAAAACAAGAGCAGAAAAUGCCUAGAGUCGCCUGGAUCCUCGUGCUGCCAAACACACUCUACAUCUGGUUUGUGGUGACCGAGAGGCAGACCUUCAUCCUUUUCCUCUUCACGUGUUUCGCCAUGGUCGCCACGGUGAUGCGGCAGAGGAGGCGGGGCUUUGUCACCGACGGCAACGGCCUCUUCAUGAUGCUCAGUUUCUCCAUCGCUCUGUUGUUUGUACUUCUCUGGUCGUCCUGUUGGUGGCGUGAUGAGGUCCUGAGGAGGAGACACAGGGGUCUGCUGUUGGUCCCACAGCCCAGAACUGUCCUCAGUCUCCACAUCCACAAACUCAUGUUCUGA